UCUUAAACCUCUCUCUCUCUUACAGCGGCUACCCCCUUCCUUCUUCCCUCUCUGUUAAGCGGCGCACGGCCACCGUCCACCUGCUCCGGCCACCCGCUCCGGCCACCAUUCACUUACUCCGGCGCUCCCUUCCCUGUCGCCGCCCAGCCCAGGAUCCUACUUUGAAGCAUGAUAUCGUCAAUUUCUUGGGUUCCGAAAGGGGUCUCAAAGACUGUCCCAGUCACAGCAGAACCUCCUUCAAAGGAGGAAAUUGAAGAGAUCUUGAAACUCCAUGCUCUUAAUGAAAGGGAAAUUGAUGGUGAGGAUGAUGCGGAUAUGGAUGAUGCGGAUAUGGAUGAUGAUUCCUCAAAGCAAGCUGAUGAAGUUGCACAAGCCAAAGCGGCAGCAGAGGCUCUAGGAAAACCAUCAAAGACAAUCGACAGUGAUAUUCGGAGCAUAGCCGAUGGCUUGGAGGAACUAGAUAUGGAACAUUAUGAUGAUGAGGAUGAUGAUGAUGCUGGUUUUGAUAUGUUUAGCAAAGGGUUUAGCAAUUUAUACUACCCUAGUAAUGAAAUGGAUCCAAAUCUUAAGGAAAACAUCCAGGAUGAUGAUUCUGAGGAGGAGGACGACAUAAUAAUAAAGCCUGACGAUGUUGUUAUUGUAUGUGCUCGUAAUGAAGAUGAAGUUAGUCAUUUAGAGAUAUGGAUACUUGAGGAAAUAGAUGGAGAUUCCAAUAUGUAUGUUCACCAUGAUAUUAUUAUUCCUGCAUUUCCCCUUUGCACUGCAUGGAUGGAUUGUCCAAUUAAGGGUGGAGAAAGAGGAAAUUUUGUAGCUGUUGGAUCGAUGGAACCAUCCAUUGAAAUUUGGGAUCUUGAUAUUAUGGAUGAAGUCCAGCCAACAAUAGUAUUAGGUGGCAUUUCUGAGAAAAAGAAAAAAGGGAAAAAGGGGAAAAAGAAAUCUAUUAAAUACAAGAAAGACAGUCACACUGAUGCAGUUCUUGGCCUUGCUUGGAAUAAGGAAUACAGAAACCUCCUUGCAAGUGCUAGUGCUGACAAACUGGUAAAGAUAUGGGAUGUUGCUACUGAAAUAUGUACCACCACGAUGAAUCAUCAUUCAGACAAGGUCCAAUCCGUCGCAUGGAACCAUCAUGCUUCACAAGUUCUUUUAACUGGUUCUUUUGAUCACUCUGUAGUUAUGAAAGAUGUAAGAACACCUGAUCAUGCCGGAUUUAGAUGGUCAGUGUCAUCUGAUGUUGAAACUGUGGCUUGGGAUCCACAUACAGAGCACUCUUUUGUGGCCAGUCUUGAAGAUGGUACAGUAGUUGGAUUCGAUUUGCGAGCUGCUACUUCUAAUCCAUCUUCUGAUUUGAAGUCAGUCUUCACUCUACACGCCCACGACAAAGCAGUUUGCUCCAUAUCCUACAAUCCUGCGGCACCAAAUCUUCUUGCUACUGGAUCAACAGACAAAAUGGUCAAACUAUGGGAUUUAUCAAAUAACCAACCAUCAUCUGUUUCAUCUAAGAACCCUGGUGUUGGAGCCGUUUUCUCCAUUUGUUUCUCGGAAGAGAGCCCGUUUAAACUGGCUAUAGGAGGCUCUAAGGGAAGAUUAGAAAUUUGGGAUACGAUUGAGGAGGAUGCUGUCGUCAAGAAAUAUGGAAAGUUUAGAAAUCAGAGAAAACCAUAAACUGUUAGUUACUUUUCGAGGCUCUCGCUUGCGUGUCCUAAAGUUUUGUUGUGUGUUUCGUCUUUAUUUUAGCUUUUUUAAAGAAAUAUAUGUUGUGAGACCAAAAUAUUUCUGUUUGCUAUUUUUUGUCACUAUGAAUUGGUUAUCUAUUGCAGCAUUGCCAUCAUAUAUGGCCAUUUGAAU